AAGCGUGCUGGCGGCAGCGGCAGCGGCGGCGGCUCAGGGCCCCUCCUCCAGAAGAUGGCGAGUCCGUGCGGGCGGCAGGAGUGCUCCAUCGAGAGGCGCGGCUUCCGCCACCAGCUUGACUCGUGGCGACACCGGCUGCUGCGCUGUGUGGGAUUUGAAAGUAUUCUAGAAGGGCUGUUUGGACCCGAAUUACUAAAAGAUCUGAGUUUGUUUAAAGACUUUGAGCCUGAAGGUGUCUCUGAUUGGUCUUUUGAUGAAAAUUGUCUUUUCUGCUGUUUGAGAAGAGAAAAAGUGAAGGAACACUUAGUCAGUCUGGAUGAGCCAGCUUUGGAAAUUGAGCACCAAGCUCUGCUUAAACAAGAGCAAGCAAAGAUCAUUCGGUUUGAGAGGCAAGCGGAAGAAUUCCUCCAUGCAGUCUUUUAUCGAAAAGACAGUCCUCGGGUCUCUGACCCCGACAUUCCCCUAGUGGCCCGCGAGAUCAUGCAGCGGAUGAUCCGACAAUUUGCUGCUGAAUAUACCUCAAAAACUAGCUCUACUCAGGAUUCCAGCUCGCCCAAUAGCACAAAGAACCAAAGCCUGCUGAAAGCAUCUCCGGUGGCCUCAUCCCCUGCGGGUGCAACUACUCAGAACCCUGUGCUCAGCAAACUUCUCAUGGCUGACCAGGACUCGCCCUUGGACCUCACUGUCAGAAAAUCUCAGUUGGAUCCUAGCGAACAAGACGGAGUACUUGAUCUGUCCACUAAGAAAAGUCCUUGUGCAGGCAGCACAUCCUUGAGCCUUUCACCUGGCUGCUCCACUGCUCCUGGGAAUGGGCGACCUGGGAGACCCAGCCAGCACCAUGGAGAGGGACUUCGGAGUGGUGAUGGGGUGCCUCCGAGAAGCUGGCAGGAUGGAACAAGGGAAGGGUCUGGCCACUCCACAUCUCUCAAAGUUCCCUUGGCUCGAUCGCUGCAGAUAAGCGAAGAACUGCUGAGCAGAAACCAGCAUGCUACUCCUGCCAGCCACGGGCCGUCUGGGUUGCAGAAUCACGGACAGCACAUGAUACUAUCCAGGGAGGCUUCUUGGGCAAAACCACACUAUGAAUUUAACUUGACCAGAAUGAAAUUCAGGGGAAACGGUGCACUCAGCAACAUCAGUGACCUUCCUUUUCUUACAGAAAACUCAGCCUUUCAAAAAAUGGCACUUCAAACUAAACAGGAUGGGAAAAAAGACAUGAGCCAUUCCACUCCUGUGGAUUUAAAAAUACCACAAGUUCGAGGCAUGGACCUUUCAUGGGAGUCCCGAUCUGGCGACCAGUAUAGCUAUAGCUCUUUGGUGAUGGGUUCACAAACGGAGAGCGCGCUUAGUAAAAAGUUAAGGGCUAUCCUUCCGAAACAAAACAGGAGGAGCUUGCUGGAUCCCGGACCAGAUUCCUGGGGCUCAGAUGCUGAGCAAUCUACCUCUGGACAGCCAUAUCCCACCUCUGAUCAAGAGGGAGAUCCUGGCUCUAAGCAACCUCGGAAGAAAAGAGGCAGAUACAGACAGUACAACACUGAGAUAUUGGAGGAAGCAAUUUCUGUGGUGAUGAAUGGGAAAAUGAGCGUCUCCAAAGCUCAGAGUAUUUAUGGGAUUCCCCAUAGCACCCUGGAGUAUAAAGUGAAAGAGAGGCUGGGCACUUUGAAAAACCCUCCAAAGAAAAAAAUGAAAUUAAUGCGCUCGGAGGGACAGGAUGUCUCUGUAAAGCUUGAGAUAGAUCCCCAGGGAGAGGCAGCACACAGUGCGAAUGAGUCAAAGGAUGAUUAGGGAUGUUGUUAGAGUGCCAAUUACAUAACAAACUGGGUGAGCACUAUGGCAUUGUCAACUCCCGCUGCAAGUACCCAGUUUCUCUGUGGUUACUGGGUACAAGAUAUGCUCCUUUGCAGUUCAGCAUAACUUUUAUGAACAGAGGGGAAAGGGUGCUCUGAAUGUUGCAUAUUUGUAAAUUUUAUGGCCCGAAAUGGCUUAGAGCCCUUUUUGUGUUCUGUUUUUGUUUUUGUUGUUUGGCCUUUUGCAUGUUUCUCUAAUAUUCUAUAGAGAAUUGAGUUACCUCACAAAGAAUGCAGACAUGGAAGUGGACUACUUGCCUCUUGAGCCUGCAUGGACUUUCAGUUCUUUUAUUGGGUUUUCUUUUUUCAUAUGGCCUUUUAAAAAUCACUUUCUCUAGUGUCUCUAGUCUCUAGCUGAAGUCAAAAACUGGAUCAUUGCUUUAUAAUUUGAUUUUCACAAUAUUUCCUUCGUGGGUCCAUUUGGUUCAAAAGAAAAUUCAAACUUUUUAAGAAUGACUGGUCAUUUUGUAUUCAGAGAUUGAUGGUUGGAUUCCUAGUCAGUUGGGUCGAAUUGGAGCAAUUUUGUUUCAAAUUUCAACUCCUUUACCAUUUGCAGUCUGCUUAGUGCUCACCCGGCGGGGCGGGUGGGAAUGGGAUGGGAAAUGGGAUAGGGAACUUUAUAUACACUACCUUCAGAAUGCUAUGGUUAAUUUCUUUGGAACACUACCUUCACUGUAAUUUUGUUUGCUCUUUUUAAAGGUGAGCGUUGGACUCACCUGAUUGAGGAUGUAGCCUUAUCUCAACAAACUCCUUGUAUUCAGGAGCAUCAGGGUACGCUGAGUUAUAUACUAGGGUAUUCCUCUUUAUUAAAAAAUAUGGCUCUUUUGUCCUACAUGCUUUUAACAGAUAAAGUUCUCGAUUUGCUGAACUUGUAUGUUUCCAGCAAACAAUUUAAAUUUUUUAAAAAAACCUCUUCUGGAGGCCAGGAAUACAUACAACAGCUUACUAUAUAACCUUGAUUUUAAAAUACCCUCAUUAAACCCACGAAUCGCUAAACUUUACAACCUCAAUACUCUGCCUAAAUAGUCAUGUAAAUGAAGGAUCUAUGUUAAUGUUCAGGGAAGAAAUUUUUACAAAUCUUAAUAAAACCCAUGAUCAGAUCAUUCUGGUCUGGCUUAGGCUAGGCAUAACGCUGUCAGGGUUGAACACCCAGUGGGUGUUUCCUUUUUAAAUACUAAAGUUGCCAGUAGCAGGAGAUGUUCUUGCCUAUUCUGAUUUAUUUUUUCUUUUAUCCACUGUUGAUUGAAUAGUGGACUAGCACACAUUCAUAUAAGCAGAUCACCUCUAUCACUCCUAAAUCCUUUUCAGUUAUGGAAGCAUCUGAUCAUUCUUAUAUUUCAAGCUUUAAAUAUAGCUCUGGAUUUGCAGCUCCACUGAAUCACACUGGUUCUUCAGGUAGACAGACAAUUAAUCUUAGCUGUGCAAAAGACUGAUAGGACUCCACUCUCCUGCUUUGCACAACCAAAUGAGGCAAUGGAAUUUUUAUGUUAGAUAUCAUUAAGCACUGUUCUUAUUUUGGUAUCUUGUGUUAAUGACUGAACAUGGAUGCUAAGAUUCAUAGGAAGAAGGCCUGGAUAGCCCCAGGGCUGCUGCUUAAAUUUGGGGGCAAGUAAUUGAGUUGGCCUUCUUGACUGAUUGGUUGAUACACGGUGGGUUGCUGGGAAGCAAAGGUUAGGCACACCAUUGCUGUCAUGUUAAAUAUGCACUUCUCAUUCUUGAGAGAGACUGGGCUUUUAGCCUAUAUGUACUUUGUACUACUGUUCUUAGACCUUUUUGUUUUGUUUUGUUUUGGUAGUUUAAGUAUUUCCAUACUCAAAAAGCAGAGUUCCGUUAGCUAUCUAGUUGUCAUCUCAGUUCAGAAACCUGUUUGAAGUUACAUAGUGAUGUAGAAACUCUGCAAUAUAAUCCAGUUUCACUGGAAAUUGCAAUAAAAUGCACUCUUUUAAAUUUGUGGUUUCAUCUGCUAUCGAAAGUGUGGAAGAAGGUUUGCUGCAAGCUAGAAGUGUAACACUUGCAUUGAAUUUUACUUUCUGAGGUUUAACCUUUUGUGGCUAUUUUUAUUUAAGUGAUGUAUGAGUUGAGUUCUAUAAAAACCUUGUCAUAGUGUAUGUGAUGUGCUCAUUUUACUUACCUAAAUAUUUUUUUGUGUUUAUCAUUAAGUGGAUGACAAUCGUGCAGCAAAAAAUGGUGUGCCUACCCUUUAAUGCUGCAGUUUAAAAAGAGAACUAAUUGUAUGUCAUUUCAAACCAUAGGUUGAGAACUGUAAAUAGAUAGUGAUAGUUGCAUACUCUUACUUCUUUGGUUAGAAAAUGAAUUAAACAACCAAACACUUAAUUUUCUCAGAUUAAAGUCCUGGGACCUGACGAUUGUAAGAUUCCUGUCUGCAGAGCUUUGUAAUAUAACACUUAGUAUCUGUGAUCUCUUCCUAUUCAGGUAUAAAAAAAAUCCCACAAGCUUUGGAACAACCAUAUUUCCUCAAACAGUCUCUGCUUAAAAGAAAGAAAGAAAGAAAGGAAGGAAGGAAGGAAAACGUAGGUUAUUUUUAAAGCACUAAUUGCAUUACUUUGGUAAUUGCAAUAUAAAAUAGCCAUUAUUGUUUUGUGAAGCAUGGAUAAAAUUAGCUAGUUGUCCCUUUUUAAAAUUUCAAAAGCCUCUCAAAAAUAAACAAAAAGCUGCUGAAUAUUCAAAAGAUAUAAAUAUAUCUAUAUUUUAUCGUAGGUUUUGUAAACUUAGUCUGUAAUAUUCAGGUGCACCUUUUUAAUGUUAAACAUUUCUUUUAAGAUUUCAUCUCACCUAUUUUUUUCAAGAUGGCUCAUCCUGUGGCUGUAUCUCACUCUAAAUCCCUAAGUGAACUACUGAAGUCAGACUGCUGUGACAGGCGCCUUUGGUGUAGCUUUGAGUAGUGUUUGGGAGCAUUUCACCUGUAGAAGAAAUGGAUUCAGUGUUUAUCCAUUAGCAUGUUUCAUUUUCUGCUGACCAGAAGUUUGCAUGGCCAAAAUCCCCAACUGACCAUAGUUUGAUGUGGGAAGAUGUGGUUUGCUGCUGUCUUUGUAAGAGAAGCCUUGUUUUCUCCUGUUUCCAGUAAAUGGAUGCUCAUGUAAACCCGUGCAAAGGAUAGGAUUUAGGCCUUGUUUUCCCUGCUGUUUUUAAGGGCAUGUUAAGGGAAUAUAGCCAAGUGCAGUGCUUCAGAGAUGGUGUCAUCCAUAGGAAGAACACCUGGGCAUUUUGAUCAGUUCUAUCAGAUCUUGGAACAGAGUUUGAUAGAAUUGUGGCAUUAUUUGUUGGGGGUGUUUACAUUUGGAUGAUAGAAAGAAAUGAUUAAAAUAUGUGACAGCCUUGGCUUCUACAGACCAGUUAUCAUAAAGGAUUGAUUCUCCCUCUACUCACAGCCCAAAAGACUAAUGUGAAGAGUGUAUUUGUGUAACGUUUAAAAUCAAAUUCACUAUCGUACUGGAAUAUAGAUGUUGCUUGGUAACCUUUUGCUGCAGCAGGUUAUACAGAUGAGUAAGGCUUAGUGUUGUAGGGGUACAAGUGUGCAGUUAUUUAUUGUACAGUUCUGUGGAGCGAGCCCAGUGUGUAGAAGAUGUAUCAGUUUUUUUUUACUUGGGUCUGUAAAAUAUAAAAGUUCUUUCCUGAGAAUUCUGGAGAUCUGAUGAACUAUUACCUCUUUGCCAGCCAUUCUAGAACCUCAGUUCCAAAGCCCUGGGCCUUUUCCUUUUCACUACAGCUGUCAAGAAUAGAAGUUGUAGGGUUUGGGCUCUUGGCCUUAAUUUAUUAUAAAAUCCCCCUUCCCCCAAGCUCUUAAGGAUUGAAAUAUAGUUUCCCCAGGAGCACUUAAGAUCCUAUACUUGUAAUCAGCCCAGUGGAACAAGAAUUAUGUCCUUUCAUCUGGCUGGUACCAGAACUAAUCCAUACCUCCUGCUGCUCUGCCUCCAAGAGAGGUUUAGUCUAAAUAUUUUCUUAAAACCUUUUCUAGUGCAAAUUUGGAAUCAUUUUCAAUAAACCUUUGAAGAAUGUGUUGUACCUUUUAAACAUGAUAGCAGUACAGAUUUGCUUUGUUUCCCUUGGCAUAUCCAAAGCUUCUUGGCAAAUAUGAGGCAGUUUGAGAAAGGCAUGAUCUCAACUGGACCCAGUGUUUGCUCAGAAACUGUCAGGAGUCAUUAAUGCUGCGUUUAAUAUGUUUUUUUUUCCUAUGGAAGGAGCCUAUACAUAUUGGCUGCUAUGAUGAUCCUAUUGACAUCAAGUGGCAUGAUCUGCUGUUUCUCAGUAAGCCACUUAACUGUUUGGGUGGAGAAAAAAAUCCUUCAUUUUGUAACACAUUUGUUGAUAGGCAACAGCCCCCCCCCCCCAAUGUAUAAUGGAUUUAAGAUAAGUUUCAGCUUAAAAGUAUGUGAGUGUAUUAGAGGCGAAUAAGGCAUGGUACAUGAGUGGGUGGGAGAAGCAUACUUGGCAAUCUCCUUUUUUUAUCCAGAAUUGCUAGAAUUCUGAAAUGAAAAUUAAAAAAUUCAGCCCCUUCCGUCUAAAGGGGGGGGGGGGGGUGUUCAGCUGCUAGCUAAGACUGCCUAAAGGUCUUACAAAAUCUUCAAAAGCAUUUCUCAAAAGCAUAUGUAUUCAUGUAUUUUCAGGCAAACAAAGGAGAUUUUUCCUGCUCUGCCCUUAGUCUAAUAUGCAUUCGAAUCUUUUUUUCCUCACUUGCAAUUUCAAAAAUGAAACUGUAAUUUUUAUUUCCAAAAAAUAUAUCUCCCCUCAUCUUAAUUUACCUGCUGUCUGCUAAUUACACUUCCUAUAGCCAGUUUAGGCCACAUCAUUGUCCAACUGCUUUCAAACAUAUAUUUAAAACCCAGAAGACUGUUCAUAUAUAUUUUUGUAGUGGAAACAGAUUUCCCUAUAAUCUUCAGGCAUUGUUUGAGUUUACAGUAAAGUUAUUUAUUUAAUUGUGUUUUGGUUCUUUAGGAUCACUUUGCAGUUUUAUCUGCUUAAUGAAACAAAACAGCAGAGUUUGACUGGUGAACAAUAUGACACAUUAAUUUGGAAUAGUAUGCAGCAUUAGCAGACUAAAUGAUAAAGCUCAUACGGCUCAUGGCAGUUUAAGAAUAUGAACAGAAAUUGCCCCAGAGCUGGGAAUACUAGUAUAUUAAAAGCUUGCUUUUAGUUCAUAUCUCCCAUCAGCAACUUGUUCUUUCAAAAUACUAAAAAGUAGAUAAUGCAGUGAGAAAUAUUGUGGUCUUUUGCAUAAUGGACUGGAUGGACAAAGCAGAGAGAAGGAGAAUGGAAUGGAAUUCAGCCAGAUCUGAUCUUCUGGGCAUAGAGGGGCACAAAGAAUGGAGGUGGAAGUUGUCUAGCUGUGCAGCUUUGAAGCUCAUAAUUUUGUCCAUCCCCUUGAUAAAUUAUUACAUAAUAUCUAGUCAUGAAUUGAAAAUUGGUAACAUGAGCAAGAUUCCUGCAGAUGUAUGGAACUAUGCACAUAUAGAUUAAUUGGAAAUUUCAAGUAUUCUAACUUAUCAACUUUGAUUCCACAAAAGAAAAAUCUCUUAUCCAUUAUAGCAUCUUUUCUUGAAAGACAGUUAAAUUUGAUUUGGACAAGACUGUGUAUCAGUAACGUUCCAUCAUGAAAAUGUUGGGAAGGUGUUCUGAAAAUAUUCAUUCCUGAUAUAAUUUUUGAGAAAGUUUGUGAUCACAAAAUGUAUUUUUAUUAUUUUAUGCAUCUUUCAAUCCUCUUCUACUAGCUUAUAAAAAUCUAAUUUAAGUAUUUCCUCUUCCACUCUAAAACUUUUGACAUGCCAUCUCAGCCUCUAAUGUACCUUACAUUUGGUGCUACACUCAUCUGACUCUUACAGACUUGAUAAAAAAAGUUCAUUAAAGUGCUUGUCUGACCUAUUUUUUAACUUUAAAAAAAGAAAAGGAACCUUCCAGCACUUUUACUGUUACAAUUUUAAUCACAAUUUAUCUGGUCUUCAGAGUCUGGGGUACUGUAACAUUUUAGUCCACAAAUGAUUGAUUGCUUUCAGGUCAGACAAUUUCUGUGGAUGGUAAGCUUUUCAGUUUAUCAUAGAGAGUAAAUAAAUCAGUUUUAUAAUGUUCACGCAGCUUCUGGGCGAACAUACCUAAUAUUUUCAGUAAAUAUUUCAGCAAACAUUUCAGGGCUUUAAGAUUUGGGAUCCCAGUUGGGGGGAGGCUAGGUGAAGUUUCCCAGAUGAAGAAUAGUUUUAGAUCAUUGUGUAGUGCUCAGUUUUAAAGUAUAUCACUAGGGAAAUGGGUAGGGAUUCUCUCUCUCCCUUUUGUCUUCAGGGAAUGAGCAGUAUUUAGAAUCUUUGGCUGAAAUUCAAGCCUUUUUACCAUGUAAAUUUUAAUAUAAAUUCACUGACAUGCUUUUUACAUCAGAGGACUGAAAAUGGAUCUUAAUGUUUAAGUUGUUGAAUGGUAUAUUUCUUAAAUGAAGGGGGAAAUUUAAAAGAACUAACUAGAUUAGCAUACCAGCAUUAGUGAUCUUAAGGGAUUUUAGUAUGUAAUAGGAAAGUCUUUGAUUAAAAAUCUAAUCUUGAAUUGCUAGUCUGUAACUAGGUGCAUAUUAUGUUAGCAGGUGAAACUUCUUUACUUGUUGAAAAGAGGGUACGUGGCGGCUGUCAUAUGCCCUAGCAUCAGAAAAACAGAUUACAGACUGCAGCCUCUCUUGAGUCCCAUUUGGUGGUUAUAUCCAUGGGAUUUUUGCUUAUAGCAGCUUACUGCUGCUUAAACAUGUAUAAAUAUGUUUGAGUGUUUGCUCAUAACUCUUUCUAACCUCCACUUGUUAAAUUGUCAAAUGUUGGUAUUUUAUCAGUCCGCAGUGUAAGUUAUAAACUAAUGUGCUUAGGAUUCCAGCUUGUACACACACUGUUUGAAAACCCUCAGGGACAGUUUACACACUACCCUCACUCAAUUCAGGUACUUGUACACUAUUCUUAAACCUAGCAGUGACUUGUAUUUUAUUUUUGUUUUUCUUUUGAUGUGCUGUUAGCACAUCCUUGAUGAAUGUCAAUUUAAACUCAGUUCAGGUAUCCAGGUAUAACUCAGCCAAACGGAUUUUAAAGCUGCAUAUUACUCUCCAGCACGCAGUGCCUCAGACACGUAGUGGCAUUCUGUAUAUUCAGUUAUUACUACUGAGCAAGAUCGCAUGGGGGUUCCUGAUAAUUAUGUAUUGUAAGAAAUUUCUAUAUAUAGUAUGUGUAUUAUGUUAUAUACAUAUAUAUUAUAUAUGUAAUCUUAAAGGUAUAUAUUUAAAAAUGCCACUACCAAGCCAGCACAGCUAUUGUCAAAUACAUUCCUGGCUGUCUCUGUCAAUGCAACAGAGGCAGCUUCUCAGUGUGGCUGUGGUUUCUUCUUCAUCCCAGGUACUUCUAAACUUGAGCACUGGCCCUUGGGUGUCUGACCUCUACAUUCUAGUUAUGCAAUGUCUCUAGGAAUUCUGUGCACUGGCCACUGUGAUGGAAGCCAAUGGGCCAGACAGGCUUCAGUUUAUUAGUAACCCUUCUGCCAAAGCUGGUAUUUUAUGGCAAGAGUGUAAACUUAUCAAAUAAUCAGCAGCACAUACAUUAUGGGUGCAGAUGGACACUCCCAUAUUGUGACCUUUUUCAGGUGUCUCACCUCUUCUGCCACUAAUUUGUGAAUGUGAUGGCAUUUUACACCUGUCCUCAUGGGUCCACUUGCUGCACACAAAAUAAUAUGUGUGUAACACAUUAAAAUAAAGCCUGCUGCUUGCGCUGGCAUUAAUUUCACUGUAACUUUGUGUCAGCCAUGACUGCUUUAUUAUUUGAUGCUUUACACCUUAGAAAGUUCUAUUUAUAUGAAGUAUGGAAAAUGGCAUUUUUCACAGACCUCUAAAAGUACAAGUGUCAUGGGAAAAUAAACCAGGAACCCCCUUUUUAAUCUAUGGACCUCAUUUCAAUAUACUGUUUACAGUUUGACGGAAUUGUAUAAUUUAAUAUUUCUCUUGUACUGUAGUUUGUAUUUAUUUACAGAUUUUUUUUGUACUGUGUGAUUUGAACUUUUUUGUUCCUUGCUAUGAUCAACAUUUUAUGUAGUAGAGCACUUAUGAUCACAAAUUAAGGUUUUGGUUUGAUUGCACUACAUUUAAUUUUUAAUGCAGUUCUGAUUUUUUGACUGGACUUAAUAAGCUGUGUCUUAAUGUAUGUGAUAAGUACUUAUAAAUUUUUAAUUCACGUGGUCCACUUUUUUUUUCUUUUCUUUUUUGCAUUGUAUGUCAAAAGCGCUGAUUCUCUCGUUGUGCAUGUGUAAGGGUUUAACAGCCCUGUUGUAUUCUUUGGCCAUGUCAUUUUGGAAACACAUUCCCGACUGUAACGUGUAUGGUAGUUUUCACUGGAUGCUAGACUUUUCAGAACCACUAUUCUUCUAAUAAAUUUUGUUGUGAAAACUUGAA